AUGAGCUGGGCGGGUUUUAAGAAGAAAUUAGAUCGUACAGGAACUAAGCUUUUGCAAACUGUUGGUUCAAUCGAAAAAACGGUUGAUAAAGAGUUCGAAGAAGAGGAACGUCGAUUUAAAAGUCUUGAGUCAAAAUGUGAGAAAUUACAUAAAGAGGCGAAAGGAUACUUGGAUUCUUUGCGUGCUAUAACUAGCGCGCAAACACGUAUAUCAGAGACUAUUGAACAUUUUUAUGAAGAUUCAACCGAUGAUUCAUUGGCUGGAAAGAAAUAUAAGACUACUAUAGAAGGUAUUGAACGAGAUUGUCGUGAACUGGAUGACCCAUAUCGCCAAACUGUAACUGAUCCUGUAGGCCGAUUUUGCGCUUACUUUCCUGAUAUAAAUGACGCUAUCAAAAAACGUGAUAAAAAACUUUUAGAUUAUGAUUCACAGCGUGCUAAAGUACGCAAGCUAGUUGAUAAGCCAUCAGAUGAUGCCAAUAGAUUACCAAGGGCUGAACAAGCUGCUAAUGAAGCUCGUGAGAUUUACGAAUCAUUGAAUACUCAACUAGUUAAUGAAUUACCUAGAUUAAUAGAUCUUCGUGUUCCUUAUUUUAACCCUACAUUUGAAGCUUUGGUAAAAAUACAACUCAAAUUUUGUCAAGAAAGUUAUGAAAGUUUAAAUAGUUUGCAAGAAUAUUUUCCUGAUAAUGAUCAAGUUGAUAAUAAGGUUGAAGCUGUUUUACAAAAAAUGAGGGAUUUGGCUAUCUGUGGAAUGGACCAAGCGUGUCUUGGUCUUUGUUUACUACCGGAGCCUCACCGAAAGCAUUUAUGGGCAGGUUCUUCAUGGCAUUGGAAAGAACUAAGACAGAUUGUAGAAGAUGAAGAACAUCGUGAACAUCGACUAAAAUGUGAUAGGUUGACACAUCAAAAACGUCGUGCUAUAGAAAAUGAUAAACAAAGAGAACAGAGGCUAGAACGUAAUAGAUUGGCUCAACGUAAACGACGGCAACAACAGCAACUAGCUCUGCAUCUUUUAGGAAGAAAACCUUUAAAUGAAACUUCUAUCACACCAUUUCGGCUCACACCUCUUACUAUUUGUGUUCACUGUAAUGCUAAAAAGUUCACAGUGGAAUCUGAUGGGUUUUGUUGCUCCAAUGGUAGUAUAGCUUUGGCAAAUGUAGAAGUGCUCACUAAUUUACAGGAAUUAUUUUUAAGGACGAAUGAUAUUGGGCGUGACUUUUGGGAAAAAAUUAGAGCUUAUAAUUCACUUUUUUCUUUUACUUCCAUGGGUACUCGGUUUGAUAAAACUCUUGCUAAUAAUGGUGUUUACACAUUUCGUGUACAAGGAAGCGUAUAUCACAGAAUUGGUUUAUUUCUUCCAUCAGAUAAUAACUCUCUGCAAUAUUUACAACUUUAUAUAUAUGAUACAGAUCAUGAAAUUAAUAAUCGACUAAACGUAAUGCCUAAUCUUAAACAUGAAACUAUUAAAUUAAUAAAAAAUAUGCUUGACGAGGUCAAUCCUUUUGUUGCAAAUUUUCGUUACCUCUCUUCACUUGAGAAUAUAACUAAUUAUCAGUUAGUAAUUAAGGCCGAUCAUGGAUUAGAUCAGCGAACAUAUAAUACACCUACAUCUUCUCAAGUUGCAGCUAUUUGGGUUGAUGCAAAAAUUAGAAGUGAAUUUUAUUCUGGCCUUGAAGAUUUAAAUAAUGCAGGGCAUACUGAUGCUUCAGAAGUUGGAAAACGAAUUAUUCUUCCAUCUUCAUUUACUGGAGGACCUAGAGAUAUGUUAGUAGAAGUUGGCUCAAACAAACCAACACAAGUAAGGCAAAAUACGGAUGAAAUUAACCAAUAUUUAGAAGCACGUUGGAUCUCUCUAUCAGAGGCUUACUGGAGAAUUUUUGGAUUUUAUAUCUCUGAUAUUAAUCCAUCGAUAAUUCGUUUACAACUUCAUCUGCUUAACUGUCAAAUAAUCAACUAUUUUGAAGAA